ACCUUCCAACGUCUCUCAAAAAAUAUCUAUCAAAGAGAAUCACCUUUCGUUUGGGCUUUACUUGAUGGAAUUGUCGGUGUUGACAGAUUUGGAGUGGGUAGAUACGUCGCAUCAAGGUACAUCAUCAAUAUCCUUCUUUGACACUACAAGCCUUCAUUCGCGUCACCUUCUUCAACUGGAUAAAUAUAACAAACCUUUCACGGGAAAUGUUACAAUUUAUGUGCCUCCAAAUGUUACAUUUAUCGAUGCAAGUCAUUCAAAAAUGGCCUAUGAAGUCAUACGUUUCCAAAUUGGUGAAAACAAAAUUCGGGAGAUAGAUAUAUCGUUUAAUUAUUUUUCCUUGUGGACGGGUCCCAUCAUAGGAUUAACACACCUAGAAAAAUUACAUGCUUCUAACAAUUUCCUCGAAUACCUUGCUGAAGGAGUUUUUUCAUACUUUCCAUCCUUGAAGUAUCUGGAUAUCAGUUCCAAUUAUUUUGGAUAUACCCUCACGAAUGACACAUUUGGUGAAAUGCCUUUGCUGGAACACCUUGACUUAUCAAAUAAUAAAAUAAGUUCACUUCCAAAGCUGAUCUUCAAAAAUAGCAGUCGGCUUAAAUUCUUAAAUUUAGGUUCUAAUUAUAUGAUGUCCUGGAAAAUCGAAAUAAUCAAUUUCAAUAUGACAGUCAUCAAUUUAUCAAGAAACGCUUUUGAUGAAAUUCCAUCUCUUUUGCGCCAUCAAGUCAGAUGCAUGGUGAGACGUGAUUUUCAGCUUCACUUUAAAGACAACCCUCUCAAGUGCAAUUGCUUGACACUGAACUCACUGAAAUGGAUGAUAGAUAAUUCUUUUAAAUUACCUGGUCUUGAUAACAUGAUCUGCGUGGAUGACAGCAACAGACAACUAUUCUUGAAAGACAUCCAUCAGAUCGUUUUUGACCUUGACAAAAAGUGUACCUCCUACUUAGGUUUAUCUAUCGGUGUCCUCUGCCUUGUGAUGCUUGUUCUAAGCUUGUCCAUAACAGGAAUAGUGUACAGGUUUAGAUGGAAAUUGAGGUAUCUUUACUAUCUGGUACGAAUAAAACACCGGGGUUAUCUGGCUGCGGAGGAGGAAGAAGAUGGUGGACCUCAGUUUGAGUUUGAUGCUUUCAUCUCCUAUGCUGACGAGGACCGAGGAUUUGUUGUGGAGGACAUGAGGCGGAUAUUGGAAGGACAGCAGGGACUUCGACUCUGUAUCCACCAUCGAGACUUUCUUUGUGGGGAAGCUAUUGCUGCAAACAUCCUGCAUGCCAUCAGAUCAAGCAGGAGGACAGUGAUAAUCCUGUCAAGGAACUUCCUGAAGAGCUACUGGUGUAAGUACGAAGUGGAGAUGGCUAAGAUGGAGAGUAUCUACACUGGACGGAACACACUGCUGGUGGUAAUCCUGGAGAAGAUCCCAGUGAAGAAUCUGCCCCCUAACAUUGUGGAAUUAAUGCGUCAAGACUCCUACUUGGAGUACACGGAUGAUCGGGAAGGUCAGGAGGUGUUCUGGGAAAGUCUUCAACGUGCUGUACAUACUGCGUAGUUGCUUGCCUAGAUAUGGGAGCAUGUGCUUCAUAACUGAACUUCCCUUUAUCAUUUCUAAUUUCAUACUUUUCACAUUGGUGAAACUUUAGUGAUAUAUUAUAUUAUCGGUUUCUUUGAGGAAAGUUAGCAAUAGCAGUUCAAACACUACGUUACAGCAGUACACAAUGUAAAUAUAUGUUUGUAGGGAUUUGAUCAUUUUCUGACAUGGAACUGAAAUGUCAACAGAUCAAACAUGUACUUUAACGUGAUUGUUUACUAAAAUCAACCAGUCACUGAAGCUAGAACCCAUGUCACAAAACCUGUCGUAAGCUCCAUCUCAUCAUAAUGUUUGUGUUCAUUUGUUUUCCUUCAUAUCAGUUUUAUAUAAUUGUUUGUAUUUUCCCGAAUAUGGGAUAAUAUCCACUGUAUCUAUGAGCAGACAUAUAUCUGCAAUUGUUUCGUUUGUUUACGAUCUUUAAAUAAAUGUUUGCUUUUA